AUGCUCCCUGGGCCUCUUGACCGCGCCCUAGCCUGGGAGGCGGGGCAGGCUGGGCUCUCUCUGUGACGUCACAAAGGCCCCGCCAUGCCUCUGGCCUUGACCCUUCUGCUGCUCUCGGGCCUGGGCGCCCCCGGAGGCUGGGGCUGCCUGCAGUGCGACCCCUUGGUGCUGGAGGCCCUGAGUCACCUGCGCUCCGCCCUUAUCCCCAGUCGCUUCCAGUUGGAGCAGCUGCAGGCCCGCGCCGGAGCCGUGCUCAUGGGCAUGGAGGGGCCUUUCUUCCGGGACUACGCGCUGAACGUGUUUGUGGGGAAAGUGGAGACAAAUCAACUGGACCUUGUGGCGUCCUUUGUCAAGAACCAAACGCAGCACUUAAUGGGUAACUCUCUGAAAGAUGAGCCUCUGCUGGAGGAGCUGGUGACCCUCAGGGCGAAUGUGAUCAAGGAACUCAAGAAAGUUUUAAUUUCAUAUGAAUUAAAAGCCUGCAACCCCAAACUUUGCCGCUUGCUAAAAGAAGAGGUGUUGGACUGUUUACAUUGCCAGAGGAUCAGUCCCAAGUGUACCCACAAAAAGUACUGCUUUGUCGACCGGCAACCCCGCGUGGCCCUGAAAUAUCAGAUGGACAGCAAAUACACGAGGAACCAGGCGCUGUUGGGCAUCCUCAUUUCUGUGUCUCUGGCUGUCUUUGUCUUCAUGGUCAUUGUGGCCUCGGCUUGUACAUACAGACAAAACCGAAAACUCCUGCUGCAGUAGGACAGUGGUUUGGGGGUAAGGAGAAAGGAAAAUAAAUUUAAUAAAAUUGGUGACAAAUCCAUCAAUGUCUCUGUCCGUUUCCUGGGGACCCUCCCCCUAGUUGGUGUCCAGCUCUGUUUCUCUACCUGACUGGGUGCUCCUCAAAGGCUGGGACCAGAUCCCACUCAUCUGUAGACACCCAUUAUCCUAAUUCAAGGUAGAAGUGACUUGGACUUUCAAAAGGGAUGGACAGCAUAUUGUAAGGGUUUGAAGCAACAACCACUUAUCCUCUGGGAGGGAACCGAAAGGACAUGACUCAGUGCAACCCUCGAGGAUGGUUACAGGAAGAGCAGUGGUCAAUGUGGAAUGUACAGGUUUUCUUCUCUAUCUGAACUACAAUUCUUCACCCUCUGUGCACCUGAAUACUAGAGUCGAAUACAUUUUCUUUCUUUUCUUUCUCUUUUUCUUUUUUUUUUUUUU